UAACCAUAGCUCACUACAUCCACGAACUCCUGGGCUCAAAUGAUCCUUCCACCUCAGUCUCCUGAGUAGCUAGGACUACAGGCGUAGUCCUAGCCCAGCUAAUUUUUUACAUUUUGUAGAGACGGAAAGGUUUCACUAUGUUGCCCAGGCUGGUCUUAAACUCCCAGCCUCAAGUGAUCCACCCGCCUCGGCCUCACAAAGUGCUGGGAUUAUAAGCAUGAGCCACCGCGCCUGGCCCAAAUGCCUUUUUAUAAAGGCAUAAACCCACAAGGACAAGGAUAAUAGGAGAUGAAACAACAGCAACAAAAUGUAAGUUGAAAGCUGAUAAAAGGUUGGUGACUCAUUUUGUAGCCCCUGGAAAGCUGAAUGGCAAGCAGUGAGUAACGUCAAGAAGCAAGCGAAGUUUCCCACAGAUGUCUCCCGGCUCAGGAGCCAGCCAGCACCUCUGGAUGCGUGAUUAAGAAGCCAAAUCAUCUGGGCGCGGUGGCUCACGCCUGUAAUCCCAACACUUCUGGAGGCCGAGGCGGGCGGAUCACCUGAGGUCAGGAAUUUGAGACCAGCCUGGCCAACAUGGUGAAACUCCGUCUCUACACAGGGCAUAGUGGCGCGCGCCCGUAGUCCCAGCUGCUCCGGAGGCUGAGGCAGGAGAAUCGCUUAAACCGGGGAGGCGGAAGUUGCAGUGAGCCGAGAUGACGCCACUGCACUCCAGCCUGGGUGUCGGAGUGAGACUCUGUCUCUAAAUAAAUAAAUAAAUAAAUAAAUAAAAUGUGGCAGGGAUACCAAGGCGGACCCAACAGGAGACAGGACUGCUGUAAGGAGCAACCUUGACUCAAGCACUCUGUCGGCCUUGCCAAACUUGGAUUUGGGACUGCACUUUUAGAUCCUUUCACCUAACCUUCCUUCACGGUCUUUCCGCUCUUCUAGCCUCCCCUCGAUUCCUCCCUACUUUCAGGCGAUUGGCAGGUUAAGGAGCUAAUUGUUAAGAGGUUUAGAUGCUGAACUAAGGAAGGUCUGUUACGCAAAAGAUAGAACCCUUGUAGGAAAAGCCUGGGGCCCUUCAACAUGGGUGGAAAUAUCUGGAUGGAUACUUCUGAAGCUAUUGACUGAAGCUCCCUGAGCCUUCUCGGCUUGUAGAGAAGGCCCAUCCUUCCCUACCGGGAGCUAUCGGCUUAACAGCUACAAUCAAAAAAGAUAAGAAUGGGCAGUUUGAAUCGCGGUGGGACAAAGGAGUCUCGCCAUGGGUCUGAUUAGCCCUUUCUCCGCCUUGCUUGAGCUUCAGCAGAAUUCGAAAUGACUGGCGGUAAGGCUGGGAAGGACUCCGGAAAGGCCAAGACAAAGGCGGUUUCCCGCUGCCAGAGAGCCGGCUUGCAGUUCCCAGUUGGGCGUAUUCAUCUACACCUGAAAUCUAGGACGACCAAUCAUGGACGUGUGGGCGCGACUGCCGCUGUGUACAGCGCAGCCAUCCUGAAGUACCUCACCGCAGAGGUACUUGAACUGGCAGGAAAUGCAUCCAAAGACUUAAAGGUAAAGCGUAGUACCACUGGUCACUUGCAACUUGCUAUCCGUGGAGAUGAAGAAUUGGAUUCUCUCAUCAAGGCUACGAUUGCUGGUGGUGGUGUCAUUCCACACAUCCACAAAUCUCUGACUGGGAAGAAAGGACAACAGAAGACUGUCUAAAGGCUGCCUGGAUUCCUUGAUAUCUCAGGACUCUAAAUACUCUGCCAGCUGUCCAGUGUUGCGGAUUCCAGUGGACUGCAUCUCUGUAAAAAACACAAUUUUGCCUUUUUGAAAUUCUAUGUGAGCAAUCUGGAAGUUUAAUUAGCUUUCCAACCAACCAAAUUUCUGCAUUCCAGUCUUAACCAUAUUUAAGUAUUACUGUGGCUUCAAAGAAGCUAUUGAUUCUGAAGUAGUGGGUUUUGAUUGAGUGGACUGUUUUUUAAAAAUUGUUUGGAUUUUAAUUGUGAUGCAGAAGUUAGAGUAACAAACAUUUGGUUUUGUACAGACAUUAUUUCCACUCUGGUGGAUAAGCUCAAUAAAGGUCAUAUUACAAACCUAAAAAAAAAAAAAAAAAAAAAAAGCAAAGAAUGAAGGAGCAGUUGCCUCAAUUAAAAGUCAUGAUUCUUGUUCAGUUUCCAGAACUGAGCCAAUUUUCAAAUCCAAAAUUCACUGAUAGGAGGUGGCCAAGACCCUAGGGGUAAGAACCCUGCAAUCUCAUGGCAAAUAUAUACUGCAAGGAUUCCCCCAGUAUUUCCCUAAAGGGAGCUAUGGUCAUUUACUCAGGUGACUAUACACUGGGAGACAUUUAAAGGAUUCUUGGCACAGGGUCUGAGUUGACAUUGAUACCUGAAAACAUGAGCGUUAUCCCGAGCCCCUGCUAGAGUGGGGGCCAAGUGAUCAAUGGAGUACUGGCUGAAGUCCCAUUCACAGUGGGCCCAGUGGUUCCAUGGUCCCAGUUGGCUUUUCCCGAGUCCCUGAUUAUACAACAGGAAUUUUAUGCUUGGCAGUUGGAAUAAUCCUCAUGUUGGGUUGCUGGCCUGUACUGCCUUGGAGUGGAGUGGGGCGGUGCAGAUGAGCACCAUUAAAGACCUUCAUAUAGGAUACAGAGUGCUGGCCCUUAGCAUUUGCAGGGUGAUCCCUGCUUUUGCACCCCGGAGAAUGACUGUAGGCUACCACAGAUGUAACCAACUUCAUUUCUGAUUGCACUGCAAGGCUGGAUGUGAUAUUGUCACCGUGGCAGACUAGGCAUCAGGUACGUGGUGAUGCAGCCAGUGAUUUGGCAAGUGCAUUCCUUUCCAUUGUAAUUAGAAAAGAGAACCAGAAAUAUUUGCUUUCAAACAAGAGAAACAGGAAUAUUCAUUUAUAGUUUAUUUCAGGACUAUAUUAAGUUUCCCAACUUCCGUCAUGAUAUAGUCCAAAGAGAACCUGGACCACGCAGACAUCAAGCAGAACAUGACGCUGACCCAUUCUAUCAGUGACGUUGUGCUGAUUGCACAGGACAGAUGAGAGGCUCGUAUACCAGAAGUCUUGGUAAGCUCGUGGGAAGUAAAUGCUAUGAUGACUCAGGGACUGGCUGCUUCAGUGACAUUUUGAGAGGUCCAGUGAUGGAGGGCAUGCCAAGAUAACCAUUUCAAAGUGAAAGGCAAAUUGCUGCAUCUGGAAUCUCCUACCACAAACAAGGAGGCACAGCUCCUGGUAGAGCUAUUUGAGUUUUGCAGGUAACACCCUACACUCUGAGGACUACUAUUCAGUGCCUUCCACAUGCAAGAAUACUUCUCCAGCCUGUAAACCAGGUGACACAGAAGGCUUCCAGCUUUGAGUGAGGCCUGGAGCAGGAAAGGGUUAUGUGACAGGUCCAGGCCACAGUGCAAACCACACUGCAACUUGGACCAUCUGAUCUUCAGACCCUAUGGUGUUGGUGGGGUAGGGGUAGUCAGCAGUUGGAAAGGAGGCAGCGUGAGGGGAUGGGUAAUGGCGAGCUCUGGUGGAAGAAUCAGAUCGCAGCCUCCUGGGAUUCUGGAGCAAGACCAUGAUAUCCACAGCAGAGCAGCUUAUGCUGUUUGAGAAGCAACUGUUACUGGAGCCUGGUGGAGAUAGAACCCUUGGCCACCAAACACCAUGUGACCACACGUCCAUAAGUGACUGCUGGGAACGGGGUUCUGUCGGACCCAACAAGUCAUAAAGUCACAUGUGUCCAGCAGCAAUCAUAAAAUGGAAGUGAUCCAUCAGGAUUGGGUCCUGGAGGGGCCACAGGGCAUGAGUAAGCUGCAUGAGCAAGAAGCCCAGAGGCCCAUGUCACCCACAACAGAUGCACCCAUGCCCUCCCCUGGUUAUGUGUACAGCCUACUAGGGAGAGUCCAUAUGACUGGCUAAAUAAGAAGGAAAAAGCCCAAGCUUGGUUUACAGAUGGAUCUGCUCACUUCAUGGGUAGAGCUAAAAGCGGAUAUUAGCCACACUGACGGGUGGCCUGGAAAGAGGGAACAAUGUUCUCAAUGGGGGAAGCUGCAAGGAGUAGAUACGUGUGAGGAAAAGUGGCCUGAAGGGAAAAUAUGUACAAAUUCCUGGCCAAUGACCAAUGGUCUGAGCAUCUGGUCAGGGACUUGGAAGGAAACAGAUUGGAAGAUUGGAGACAAGGAAUCCUGAGAAAGAGGCGUGUGGAUGUGCAUAUGGAAAUGGGUAGACAGUUCAAGGACUUCUGAUUUGCAUGUUAAUGCCCACUGGAAACAUCUACCACAAGAGACGCACUGAACAACCAAGUAGACAAAAUGACUUGCCAGUGGACACGAGCCACCUUCAGUCACCCCAGAACGGCUGGAGACAUGAAUGGCAUGCCCACGGUGGCAGAGACGGGGCUCUGCUUGGGCCCAACAAUGUGGAUUUUCACUUACCAAGGCAGAGCUAGCCAUUGCUGCCUCCGAAUGUCCAACUUGUGAGCAACAGGGACCAAUACUGAGCCCCAGUAUGGCGCUAUAUCUCCAGACCAGAUCUGUGAAAGCCAAACACAUCGUGCCCCUUCAAUCUUGGAGGGUCAGCAGUUCAUCCUCACCGCUUUAGAUACCCGGGCAUGGAUUGACCUUCCCUGACCACAGAUCCUCUGCCAGGCUUGGGGGAUUCCUGAUUCACAAACACAGAAUUACAAGGAGCAGAAUAUCUGACAAGAGGCCCAACUUCCUAGUGAAGGUGGGGCAGGAGGGGGCCCCUGGCCAUAGGGUCCAUGGUCAUAUGACAGACUGCUCCAGGUUGAAGCAGCUGGCCUCACAGAGCUUGGGAGCAGCUUCCUGAAAAACAACGGGAAGUGCUAGCUCGGAGGCACACUCCUUCAGGAUUCAACUUAUGCACUAAAUCAGAAACCUCUAAAUGGCACUGUGUCCUUAAUCAGAGAAUAUGUGGAUCCGGGACUCAAGGGAUGGAAGCAGGAAUGGCCCCUUUCAACAUGAUUCCCAAUAGCCCACUGGGGAAUUUUAUCCUUGUCAUCCCCGAAACUCUGGGUGCUGCAGCGUUGGAGGUCCUGAUCUCGAAGGGAGCACACUUGCCAGUGGACGUGGUAAGGGUCCAUUGAACUACAAGUUACGGCCGCCACUGGCACACUUAGGACUUCACAUGCCCAGAACCAGCAGGUGAGAAGAGUCACUACAGUGGCAGGGCAAUUAACCCUGAUUGGCAGGAGGAAGUAGGGCUGUCCAGUGCAUCCCAGAAUUGCCUGGAUCCAUUGUAACUGUGAAUGGACACAUGCAGCAAAUCUGGACUGAAAGACUCAGAGCCCUCAGGAAUGAAGAUUUGGGUCACACCCCCAGGGAAGCCAAGGCCUCCUGAGGUGAUUGCUGAGGAUGAGGGGAAUUUAGAAUGAAUGGAGGAGGAGAAAGAAGGCAAGUGCCAGUUGUGGUCUCAAGACCAAUGGCAUUGAUGGCGACUACAGUUCAUCCCACUGAAUGCUCUCUUCUCAGUUUUCCCCAAGAAAGAGAAGUCCACAGAAAUCACAGAGGAGCAGACCCGAAUGUAUGUGAAGAAGUAGAUCUGUGAAGAAAGAGGUGAACUAUGGCAUAACAGCAAUAUUUAAUGAAAUAAAGACAAAAUUUUCCAAAUCUGAUGAAUGAUAUACAUCCACAGAUCCAAGAAGCUCACAAGCCUCAAGUAGGAUAAAAUGCAUGCACCACCCACACUCAUUUACUUAUAGACACAUCAACAUACACGCACCAAGACACACCACAAUCAAAUGGAUGAAUGCCAGUGAUGAAAAGGGAAACCAUGAAAGCAGCCAGAGAAAGAUGACGCAUUACAUACAGGUGAACAGCAUAAGAAUGACUGCAAUCUUCUUUUAAUUUUUAUUUUUUAGAGAUGGAGUCUUGCUAUGUUGCCCAGGCUGGUCUUGAACUCCUGGCCUUAAGCAAUCCUCCCACCUCAGCCUCCCAAGAAGCUGAGAUUACAGUUGUGUACUACCAUGCCCAGCUGGUGCAAUCCUCCAGUCAAAAACUACACAAACCAAGGCUGGGCACUGUGGCUCAUGCCUCUAAUCCCAGCACUUUGGGAGGCUGAAGCAGGAGGAUUGCUUGAGGCCAGGAGUUCAAGACCAAC